AUGCAGACUACUUCCAUUGUUGAAUCCAUAGUGCAAAAUACGGAAUUAAAUGUUUUAUGGACAUUCGCUGAUACUAAAGAAUCGCAUCUUGAUAAAUUGAUUGCUCGAGUUGUGUCAGAUACAUUAAAAGAAAUGGCUGAAAUACCAAGCAGGCAGAUACCUGAAUUGCCACCAUCUCCUGGAGAAUUUAAUGCUAACCAGAUCAUGACACCUAUGGCAUCUAUCAGUAAAGGCUUCUCCACACCACCCCGACAGAUGCCUGAUUCUCAAGUGUUAAUAACAGAGACCUCUAUUCCUGUUGAAGGGAGUCCAAGGAAAUUACCCGCGUCGCUAAUCGCCAAGCACUUACUAAGCGAAAGAGAUGAAACCGCAAGCGUUAAGGUUAAUUUUUGGGAUUUUGCUGGCCAUCAGCUGUACGAGCCGAUGCACCAUUUAUUUAUGAACAGCAGAAGUUUGUAUUUUGUGGUGUUUAAUUUACAGAAGAUGUUUAAAUCGCCUCAGAAGAGUUUGUGUGGUAUACAGUAUUGGUUGAAUUCUAUUGCCAGUCACACAACAGCAGGAACUCCCAUCAUUCUUGUCGGGACACAUAAAGCACAAGUAAGUAACCUUUUCAUCUUUUUCAAAGUACUGUAUUUUCUUAUAUUGGGUCACCAAUACUCUUCUUGUAAUUUUAUUGGUUUACGAAAUAAUGAAAACUGUGCUACUCCAUGCAUAUGCGUCAUAAUUAUAUUGCCUUUGCCAAUUUAUUUCCAUACAAUUUGUUUCCAAUGAAUGAAUUUUUGGUAAGAAUUAAUUCUGGCAGUUUUAAUUUGACACUCAUAUAUACCGUCUUGAUAUAAGAAAUCUUGACAGUGCCUUCCCUUUGCUUCUCAUUGUUCCUGCUAGGUUCCAGGCUACAGCAGAAUGCUUGCCUGUUGUGAUUAA